AAAAAAUAUGACAAGUAAUAGAGGGUCUCCCAGAUCUAGUCGAGAGGAAAAGUCCCCAUUGAAGUCGGGCAAAGCAGUUGCACAUUCCAAUGGGAGUCCCACAAAGAAGGGAGAUAAGCCUCCACUAGGGAAGCAGAAUGAAUGUUGUGGUAGGCCAGGAUCUCAAGGUGUUGAGGACCUUAAUAAAGAUAGUUUGCAAGUUAAACGGAAGACUCAAGCCGAAAAAGAGCAAAACUCCCAUCAAAGACAUCAGCAAAUCCAGUUUUAUAAUUCACUUGUUGCUAAGGAAGAACGACGUAAGCGAUUUGAGAAUAGAAGAGGUACUACUGAUGAUGACUACGAGAUACUACUGCGUAGCAGUAGUCCCAUUCUGAUAGAUGAAUUUGAAUCACCAAAGAAGAAAAAAAGAGUAAGCUUUGAAUCUUGAUUAACAUUUAUACUAAUAUACAUUAACUAAUCUUAACUAUUUAAGAUGCGUAGAGUCAUCAUGGUCUAAGUAUCCAAACUUGAGAUAAGAGUUAUAUUAUCCCCUUUUAGUAGUAUUCUGCCUAGCUCUUCUUUGCUUCCAUCACUAGUUGACACUUCAAUUGCAUCGUCAAUAACAAUAUUCAUAAAUUCAUCAAAACCUCUUAUUUUACCCUGGAUUCUCAGCUGCGUUUGUUCGUAUAACCAAAUAGUCACCGGAGAUUGUUGUUGUAAAUACUUGAAAAUCAAGUUGAUGGGCGGGAGCAUUCCCUUCUUGGCCGGUGUCGACGACAUCUUAGCUUUCUGUAGAGUAGUGUUAUCAAACAAAGAGCUAAUGUUCUUCGUUCGUUUUUUCUGUCUAGUUUUUUUCGUUUUUUUGUGUGGA